AUGGUCAUCUGGUUUAUACAUGCAUUCAAAGGAAACCAGAAGAAAUUGGCGCAUUUGUGGAGGCUGGAUGGAGCUAGGGAAAGGCUCAGAUUGGUGAAGGCUGAUUUAAUGGAAGAAGGCAGCUUUGAUGAUGCAAUCUUGGGGUGCCAUGGUGUCUUCCACUCUGCUUCCCCUGUACUGAAACCUUCAUCUGAUCCAAAGACAGAAAUCCUGGAACCAGCUGUUGAGGGUACAUUGAAUGUGCUACGUUCAUGCAAGAAAAAUCCGUCUCUAAGGCGCUUGGUUCUCACCUCAUCUUCUUCAGUUGUACGGGUGAGGCCAGAUGAGGAUUUCGACUCCAAUAUACCGUUGGAUGAGUCAUCGUGGAGCUCCGUCGAACUCUGCGAGACACUUCAGAUUUGGUACCCUUUAUCGAAAAUUUUAGCUGAGAAGGCGGCAUGGGAUUUCUGCAAAGAAAAUGGGAUUGAUUUGGUAACUGUUCUGCCCUCGUUCGUGAUCGGACCUUGUCUGCCACCAGAUUUAUGUUCUACUGCAUCAGACGUACUUGGCCUGCUUAAAGGGGAAACAGAGAAGUUCAAGUGGCAUGGAAGGAUGGGAUAUGUUCACAUUGAUGAUGUUGCACUUUGCCACAUCUCAGUUUAUGAGCAUGAAAGUGCUCAUGGUCGAUACCUUUGCAGCUCAAUAGUUUUGGACAACAAUGAGUUGGCUUCCUUGUUAUCCAAGCAAUAUCCUUCCUUACCUAUCCCCAAAAGGUUUGAGCAACUAGGCAGGCCAAGGUAUGAUUUUGACACCUCGAAGUUGAAGAGUCUAGGGUUCAAGUUCAAGACUAUCCAAGAGAUGUUUGAUGAUUGUAUUACCUCUUUGGUGGAGCAGGGUCAUCUUACUCAAUCAGUCUAGUUACGCUCUCUCAAAUAUCGUGUUUCGGCAAAGUUCGAGUUCAUGUUAUCAAUACUUUAUCAAUAAAGUUUUGAGAACUUUCUCACUCUAGUCGAUUCCAAAUUGUGUGUAACGCUUACUAUCUUGAGAAUUUUCUCACUUCAUGUAGAUGAAGAGGUAUUAAGUUUGAAUUCCAAAAAUAAGUAGAAAAUAAAAACUUGGU